AAAUAAAUAAUAAUAAUAAUAAUCGAAAAAACAACUGAACAACAACUCAUUGGUACGUAAGCUUAGCUUGAUACACCUUAAUAUAACUUUCCCCUCCCAACAGGAAAUCCCAUCCUUUUUCGUCCUCUCGUUUUUCUCCCGAUUUUUCAUACUCUGAGCCUCAAGAGGCUUUAAUUGCUCGGCGGAAAAUGGAGGCGGAGAUGCAUGAGAAGUGCUCGGACUACUCCGCCGCGGACGACGGCCAGAGCUCGAGGACGUGCUCGGAAGUCAGCGCCGGCGCCGGUGAAGGAUUCAUGCUUUUUGGCGUGAGAGUUAUGAUGGAUGUAUCGUUCAGGAAGUGUGCCAGCAUGAAUAACUUGGCUCAAUUUGAUCAGCAGCCGCAGGACUCCACCAAUGAUGUCUUCGCCGGCUAUGCCUCCGACGACGUCGUUCAUCCCUCCGAAAGGAGCCGCGAUCGGAAAAGGGGUGUCCCAUGGAGUGAAGAGGAACACAGGCUAUUUUUGUUGGGGUUGCAAAAGGUGGGGAAAGGAGAUUGGAGGGGAAUUUCAAGAAAGUAUGUGAAAACAAGAACACCGACUCAAGUUGCAAGCCAUGCUCAAAAGUACUUUCUCCGCCAGAACAACCACAACAGGCGGCAUCGGAGGUCUAGCCUCUUUGACAUCACAGCUGACACGGUUGCAGGAUCUACAAGUGAGGAGCAAAUGAAUCAGGAAACCUCACUCAACCCUCCAAUAACACAAACACAACUACAACAGCAAAAUCCUCAUAAAUUCCCCAUCUCAUCUUAUCCUGUCUCUGUCUCUAUCACACCUAUAGAUAUCCCAAUCCCAUGUGAUAAUCCAAGCCCACUACAGAAUCUGGCUCUCAACCAGCUUAACAACUCGCCCAAGCCCAUUAGGCCCAUUCCUAUCUUACCUCCAUCUUCCAAAAUGGCCGACAUGAACUUAAACCACCAGAAAUCAGCUGUGUCACUCAAUCUGUCGACAUCAUCUCAAUCUCAUGAACCACCACAGCUGUCCAAUCAGCAGUCACCGCCUGCACGACAUGUGGCGGCUUUUCAGGCAAUGCCCACCGGCUUUAAUGAGAGUGGUGGGGACAACAUCAUUAGUGUUGCCUGAUUGUCACUUCAUUGUUGCUACUGUUUAUAUUGUCUUUAUGUGCUGUAAAAUGGAAGUACGUGUUGUGUUGUGUUGUGCUCCUUUUUAUGUAUGUAAUAUAUUAUUUCGACCUUUAAAGUGGUGAAUGUGAAGAAGGUGUAAGGUUGGAUUAGUUGUAGCUUGGACUAGAUGAUUCCUUGGUGGUUGAUUUAACUUAUUUUACACAAGAAAAAAACAAGUGGGAAUUAUAUUGGGUUGAUUGUCUGUAGUGAUUGAAAUUACUCUUUAUUUUUCGCGUGGGGAUAACUUAAAUUAAAGGUCAUUUUCUCGCCCGUGUGGAAAUGAAAAAUAUCCUAUGGUGGGUGGCGCUGGUGGUCACUUGCUGAAUUAUUGGUUGGUUUUAAAUUGUUUUUGCAUUCAAUCUGUUGUAAGCUUGUAGCGUUUUGUUCCGGUCCACAUCAAAAUGUAG